ACAGCAUGAGCAUCAUGGGUAUAUAUUGAAUGCUCCUCAAUAGGCCCUUGGUGACCUACAUGUUUUUUAUCCUAGGUCAUUGAGACUGGCACUCCUUUCCCUUCACGGCAUAAAUGCAAGUUAGAGGCUUGAUUUUGCUUUCAUAAGCUCAGGCUAAUAGCAUGCUUUUAAUGGGUUUCCUGUUUAAAACAUGAAUGCUGCUUGUUGUUAUCUAGGCUUUAAAUAGCUUAACUGAAGCCAUGAUUUUCUUUAGUUCCAGGGUUUCUUUCAAUUGCUGUAGUAACCUGGGUCCGGGGCCUCGGUGGUGCUCCGAUGUCCCUCACCCACCCCUGAAGAUCCCAGGUGGGCGAGGGAAUAGUCAGAGGGAUCACAAUCUUUCAGCUAAUUUAUUUUAUUCUGAUAAUCGGCUGAAUGUAACAGAGGAACUAACAUCUAAUAACAGGACAAGAAUUCUGAAUGUCCAAUCAAGGCUUACAGAUGCCAAACAUGUGAAUUGGAGGGCAGUGCUGAACAACAGCAACCUAUAUAUUGAGAUUCCCAGUGGUGCUCUGCCUGAAGGGAGCAAAGACAGUUUUGCAGUUCUUCUUGAGUUUGCUGAAGAACAGCUUCAAGUUGGCCAUGUCUUCAUUUGCUUCCACAAGAACAGAGAUGACAGAGCUGCAUUGCUCCGAACUUUCAGCUUUUUGGGCUUUGAGAUUGUGAGACCAGGGCAUCCCCUUGUCCCUAAGAGACCAGAUGCUUGCUUCAUGGCCUACACGUUUGAGAGAGAUUCUUCGGAAGAAGAAUAGGUUGCAGUGUUUGCCUCUUAGAGCUUUCUUGUUGUCUGUAAAGAUGAAAUUGUAGAAAUUUUGUCAACAUCUAUUACAGUACAUAUAAUUGUUUGUUCUUUGUACAAAAUAUUGUGACCAGCUGCUCUGGUGGUGGGAUGUUGAAAAUUUCAAAUGUCAUCUUUUCUGGAAUUGUGCGCAUGUUGUGAUUGUGCAAAUAAAUGCUCACUCCAAAUUAGCAGUAUAUUUCUUGAAGUUUAAUAUUGUGUUUGUGAUACCGAAGUAUUUGCUUUAAUUCUAAAUAAAAAUUUAUAUUUUACUUUUUA